GCACUGGUAUUAAAUUUGGAGAAUUUCAUCGUGUUGCUAAAAUUGCUGCAAAUAUUUGGGAUCAUAUUUAUUCACAAAAAUCACAUACAAAAGAUAUGACUUUGAAUCAAAGUUCAAAGAAAAAAAUUAAAUUGGGAAUAAAAGAAAAAAUUCCUUCAAAGUUGGAAACUGGUAAAGCUUUAAUGAGUCAAUUGAUAAACUAUAAAGGAAAUCAGGAUCCUUAUAACAUUCCAUAUGAUCCAAGUCUAAUGACUCCUUAUAGUUGGUGGUCAUGUAUUGAAAUAAAACCUAAUUAUAUUCAACAAUUGGCUAAAAAAUUGUUUGCUAUUACACCACACGCAGCUUCUUGUGAAAGGAUUUGGUCGACUUGUGGAUGGCUAUAUGGAAAAAAAAGGUGCAAUUUAAGUACUGAGCGUGUUGAAGCAUUAGCCAAAAUUCAUGGUUAUUAU